GGCUGCAGCACGAAACAAGAUGUACUAACCAUGGUUUCCUGACCUUCUUUCCACGAGCCGAAGUUGUCAAUAUAUUCGCAAUGGCUUGCCGUCAUACUGACGUUCGAGAGUUCGACGGACUACGCAGCUGCCUCGCAUGUGGCGAGACCCGCUUUCGCGAAGAUGCUUUGCAGGACCCUGUUGCUGCAGCAGAUCAGGAGUACAUCUACACAGACCUACGGUGCUUAGAACUAGGACAAACUAUUCGAAUUGUCCUUCUUUCACCGGGGAACUUUGAAGAUCCCGUUCACUGCACUAUCGUGCUAUCAGCAAUCUACCAUUCGUCAUACGAGGCUGUGUCAUAUACUUGGGCCAAUGAAGAUGGGGAUAACGCCAAAACACACGCUGUGUAUAUCGAUGGCAGUGCCCUUUAUGUUACUCGAAACUGUCAUUCCGCACUCCGUCAAUUACGGCACCCUGAGUUGCACCGAAGAUUGUGGGUUGAUGCUAUGUGCAUAAAUCAGCUGAACGUUCGAGAAAGAAAUCACCAGGUUGGUGUCAUGGACCGUAUCUACAAAGCUGCACGCCAGGUACAUGCGUGUAUCUGCGAUGACGAUCACAGCUACUCAGAAGCCAUGAUGUGGAUAGCUGGAGGGAUACGUCGACGUUUCUCGUCAGUUGAGCGGAGACAGCUCUUGGAGCUAUUCCACCGACGCUAUUUUAGUCGUGUGUGGGUCGUACAAGAGAUAGUAUUGGCCAAGACUAUCAUUCUUAAUGUGAAUGCUGACCAAGUAAUGUUGACCCACGAUGUCCUGGAUUUUCUCAGGCCGAAACUUGAGAUACCAGCUUCACUCCGGACGAGAUUGAAUCCAACAGCCUUCAAGCAUCUACGUGAGCAACUCAUAACAUCGAUCAAAUACUCUUGCUCAGAUCCGAGAGAUCAUGUCUAUGCCAUACUCAGCCUUCUGGAUCCUGAAGUCAGAGCCUUGAUUCCAGUCGACUACUCCCUGAGUAUGGAGCAGAUGUAUGCCAACGUUAUCAACGCAUACAUUGUGACUUCCCAGAAGCUAGAGAUCCUUGCAUACGCUGCAAAAACCGUUGCGGAAGAAAAUGUGUCCGUCACCAAUACCUUUACUAUCGACAAAUUUCACGACUUCUUGACUCACGUAGAGCAUGUGGACCCAACAGAAUAUCGGAAUCAUCCACCGGGAUGGGCCGAGACGAUUCAUUGCAGUGUGCAGGCCGACACUCAACUACCCGCAUCCUGCAUCUGGACCCUACCAUCACCCAUGCAUGAGAAGCAGAUCCUGCCCGACUUCAGACUCCGCUCCUACUGCAUCCAAGCGUGCGAAUGGUGUAUCCAGCACCUCGAUGCGCUCUAUACAGAUCUGGCUCAGGGUUCCUCCAUGCCCGGCAUACCACUCCGUGCCCUACGCGACGGGACGUAUGAACCGACAGCCGACAAACUAGCAAGAGACCAGAUGCGUCGAACGCGCAGCAUAUUACAGAGAUUAUUACGCAGAAAGACACACGGUUCCAUGAUCUUCGGUACCGCAGACGGCGUUGGGGUAUGUGUCGUAGCUGCAGUACCAGGCGAUCGUGUGUGCUAUCUCGAUGGCAUGAAGGAACAGCUCCUGCUUCGCCACGUUACCGGGUCUAGAUACAGGAUCGUUAGCGUGUGUUUAUGGGAGCCCAAUUCUCUCACAUUUCCUACGCCAGAGAGGGCUGAGAUCAUUGAAGUUUACUGAUCGAGAGAUUGGUACACGGUUCAGAACCCCUUCGUAGCUGCUCUAUGUCUAAGGAACAUGAUCUGAGUCAAAUCCACUGUCAAGGGUACAGUGAAAUCUGUGUUGAGGUUGCAAUACAGCAUCCGCAUCAAAAGAAUAGUCGAUUUUGUGGUUUUCAAUAUCCUGUAUGAGAACUCGAUUGUUGUAUAUCGAGUGCUCAGGACACAGCUUCGUUUCUGCGAGCGGAAGGC